AUGCCUAGAUUUGCCCAGCUGGUGAUAGGACCAGCUGGUUGUGGUAAAUCAACCUAUUGUAGUACAAUGCAAGCCCAUUGUGAAACGUUGAGGAGGAAAGUUGAUGUAGUUAAUUUGGAUCCUGCAGCUGAGUUUUUCGAAUAUACUCCACUAGCAGAUAUAAGAGAUCUCAUCCAUUUAGAUGAUGUAAUGGAAGAUGAAUCCAUACGUUUGGGUCCGAAUGGUGGACUUAUUUUCUGCUUAGAAUAUCUUCAACAAAAUUUGGAUUGGUUGGAUACAGCACUUGGUGAUAUGGAUGGAGACUAUUUAUUAUUUGAUUGUCCUGGUCAAAUCGAAUUAUAUUCCCACUUACCAAUCAUGCCACGAAUAAUUGAAUAUAUGCAAAGAAAAUGGGAUUUUCGUUUUGUUACAAUAUUUAUUUUGGAUGCUAGAUUUCUUGUAGAUUCAUCACAUUUUUUGGCUGGUGUAUUGUCUGCCCUUUCUGCUAUGGUGUCCUUAUCAACUGCUCAUAUAAACGUAAUGUCUAAACUGGAUUUGCUAUCUGAACAAAAACAAAAGUAUGUCAUAGCUCGUUAUCUGAAUCCUGAUAUGGAUUACUUUUUUGAUCUGGAUCAAGUGUUUGAUGGAGGUGAGGAACAUCAUGAAAAGGAAGCACCGUUUAAUAAACUUACUCAUGCAUUAGCUGACCUAAUUGAACGUUACAGUGUAGUUCAUUUUGCCCCACUGAAUAGGGAUAAAGAAGAUACUAUAACAGACUUACUAGUUCAGAUUGAUCAAUGUUUGCAGUAUGACGAAGAAGUUGAUCCUUCAAAUCGAGCUUUUGACGAUGCUGAACAAGAAUUAAUUAGAUUUCAAGGUGAAAAUGAUGGUGACGAUGAUGCUUCACGAAACUCUGGAUAA